AUGAUAGUAGGCUAUGCUAUAUUGCAUAAGACUAUCUUGACCAAAGACUCAGUGACAGUUUCUGUGGAUGGUGUUGUGUACUUCCGUGUAAAUGACCCUGUUGCCUCAGUGGCAAACGUGACAAAUGCAGAUUACUCCACCCGCCUACUGGCCCAGACCACCUUGAGGAAUGUCCUGGGCACCAAGAACAUGUCUGAGGUCCUUUCUGACCGAGAAGGCAUCUCCCAAAGUAUGCAGAUGACUCUAGAUGAGGCCACAGAUUCAUGGGGAAUCAAGGUGGAGCGGGUGGAGAUUAAAGAUGUUAAACUGCCAAAGCAACUGCAGAGAGCAAUGGCUGCCGAGGCGGAGGCGGCCCGUGAGGCCAGAGCGAAGGUCAUUGCAGCAGAGGGUGCAUCCAGGGCUCUGAAGGAGGCGUCUCUUGUGAUCUCAGAGUCUCCAUCUGCCCUUCAGCUCCGAUACCUCCAAACCCUCAACACCAUCGCAGCUGAGAAGAACUCUACCAUCAUCUUCCCUCUGCCCAUGGAUGUCAUAAGCCACUUCAUGAAGAAAUGAUCGCUGAAUAUUCCCGAAGUUUACAGAUGCUUGCAAGCCAUUCAUUUAGAAAUUUUACAUGAUUUUCUUAUGUGUCAUGUUUAACA